AAAUCAAGUUAAAGUUAGCACAGCUGCGUUGAACGCUUUCUGCUGUGCACGGAGCAGGCGGAAAGCGUUGCAGCAUAGCCGCCGGCAAUCAUGAAGUUGAACAUAGCCUACCCACCUACAGGCGCCCAGAAGAAACUCGAGAUCGAUGAAGACAGCAAGCUACGCGCCUUCUAUGACAAGAGGCUGGCGCAGGAGGUCGAUGGGGAGGCCCUUGGAGACGAGUACAAGGGGUACAUCUUCAAGAUUAUGGGCGGCCAGGACAAGCAGGGCUUCGGCAUGAAGCAGGGAGUGCUGGUGCCAGGCCGCGUGCAGCUGCUGAUGGCCCCCGGCGACUCCUGCUUCCGCGGCUUCGGUCGACGCAAGGGCGAGCGCCGCCGCAAGUCUGUGCGCGGCUGCAUCGUCUCCCCGGACCUGUCUGUCCUUAACCUGGUCAUCGUCAAGAAGGGGGAGUCGGAGAUUGCAGGGCUGACGGAUGAGGAGAAGCCGCGCAUGCGUGGCCCGAAGCGUGCGAGCAAGAUCCGCAAGCUGUUUAACCUGAGCGGCGACGACGACGUGCGCAAGUACGUCAACACCUACCGCACAGUGAAGGAGAAGGACGGCAAGAAGCACAGCAAGGCGCCCAAGAUCCAGCGGCUGGUCACCCCCCUCACCAUGCAGCGCAAGCGCCACCGCCGCGCCAUCAAGCGCGAGCGCAUCACCAAGAGCAAGGCUGAGGCGCAGGCGUACCACAAGCUGCUGGUGUCGCGGCUGAAGGAGCAGCGCGAGAGGCGGUCAGAAUCGCUCGCCAAGAAGCGCGCCAUCCGCCAGGCCUCGCAGGCUUCCAGGGAAGUGUCACAGGCCAGCAAGUGAAUGGAGUGAAACCGUCUAGAGCUUGAAGCUGAGGCACAGCGUGCUCAGAAUGCUGAACUUAGGAGAAAGUGUCAAUAUUUCUGUGCCAUCUGCAUUAGUCUGCUGCUCCAUUGCUGGGCAGCUGCCCCCAGAUUCAGCUAUGCUUCACAGCCUGUCGGGCUCUGCGACAGUGCUUAUAUCUGAGUUUGAUCUUGCGCAAAGCGCAAAUAAUGUAUCCAACGUGGGCGCGGGCUGACAAAGCUUACAGCCUAUAGCCUGUAAGAAGAACAGGGGGUGGUAG